AUGUCUAGCUUUUCUUUAAACAAAAGUAUUUUUGAAGAAACUCAUACAGAAAAUACUCAAUUGCAAACAGAUCUUUCAAAUUUGCAAUUUCAAUUUUUAGUUCUUGAAAAUAAUAAUUUAUCUUCAUCUGAAAAUUUAGAAAAUUUAGAAUCUAUAGAAAAUCCUCUUUUAGAUAAUGAGAUUUGGACUGAACUUGAGCUUUCUAAGUUUAAAACAUUAUAUUACAAAACAAUAGAUUUAUUUGAAAAACAAGAUAAUGAUAAUCAAGAAUUAGAAGAUGAAAUAAAUUUAUUGCAAAAUAAUGAAUUUAAAGAAUCUUUUAACAAAAGUUGUUGUGAAAAAAAUUGUUUACAAACUCAAUGUGAAUAUUCUGUUGCAUUAUCUCGACAUUUAAAUUUUAAGAAUCUUUCUAAAUCUUAUCAAGAUAUAUAUUUAUUAGGUAUUAUAUCUGCUACUAAACGACCUGAAAUAGUUCAAAAUUCUAAAAAAUCUAAACUUUCUACUGAGUAUAUUUUUGAAGGAAAGUCAAUUUGUUUAAAUGCUUUUAGAAUAAUUUAUGGACUUGGAGAAAAAAGAUGGAAAAAUUUAAGAGAUCAUUUUGUAGAAAAUGAUAUAAAUUUACGUAAAAAUUCAAAAACUAAUAAAAUAAGUAAUAAUGCACUAUCAUUUGAAAUUAUAAGGAAGGUAAUUACUUUUAUAGGAAAUUUUGCAAAGCAAAAUGGUUUACCAUCACCAACUUAUAAAGAUAUUCAAAAUAUUGGAAUUAAUAAUUUAGUGCGUUCUAGAAAACCUAAUUCAUUAGAUAUUACAGUUCAUUUAUCUUGGGAUUAUGCAUAA